AAGAAAGCCGGCGAAGGCCCGAAGCCCCAGCAGAGGCCGGACCAUGGCUGACCCGCUGCGGCAGCGCACCGAGCGGCUGGUGGCGGACUACCUGGAGUACUGCUCCCGGGAGCCCGGCACCCCCGAGUCGCCGCCGGCCACGGCCGAGGCCGCUGUGCUGCGCGCCACCGCCGCCGGUGUACGGAAAGUCUACCGGUCCUUCUUCUCCGCCUACCUCGGCUACCCCGGGAACCGCGUCGAGCUGGUGGCGAGGAUGGCGGAGGCGCUGCUCUCCGACAGUCCCGGCCCCACCUGGGGCAACGUGGUGAUGCUUCUGGCCUUCGCGGGGACGCUGCUAGAGAGGGGGCCGCUGGUGACCGCCCGGUGGAAGAAGUGGGGCUUCCAGUCGCGGCUGAAGGAGCCGGAGGGCAACGUCUCCCGGGACCGCCAGCGCCUGGUGGGCUUGCUGAGCUCGCGGCUCGUGGGGCAGCACCGUGCCUGGCUGGAGGCUCAGGGCGGCUGGGAUGGCUUUUGUUACUUCUUCAGGACCUCCUACUCACUGGCAUUAUGGAGAAAAUUGCUGGUCCAGGUUUUCCUGUCAUGGUUGUUAACAGCAGCAUUCAUCUACUUCUGGACACGAUAAUUAGGAGUUUUAAAAUUUUUAGCCCACUUCUACCUGCCCAACUGUGACCAACUAAGUGACUGAGGGGUGAGCGCGAGAACUGAGAGAAAGCACCGGCCUCCCACCCCAGAUGUUUUUACCUGAAUGCACACAAGGAGUCCUAAGGUGAUGAUUUGGCCAGUGUUUUAACUUGUGACAAGUACUCACGUGUGAGGACAAGAAUGCAGAUGGCUCUUCCUUGCAUGGGAGAAAUGGGGAGUCUAGCGCCUCAUUAUGCCAAAGAAUCGCAGAAGAAACUGCAUUCCAUUAAAUGGGAAAUAGGGGGCUAUUUGCUGACACUUGGGUAAGAGUGAAUGUGAACCUCUCAUCUCCAGAACU